AUGGACGCAGGCACCUCUGCGCACCGCAAGGUUGAACUGCAGUCCCCCGAGGACUUCACCUACCUGCUCAACAACGUCCGACGCGCCGCGGCCGAGAGCAUCGGGGCGGCGUUCCCGCUCGCCGACGACGACGCCGAGGACGCCCUGCGCGCCCGCAUCGAGGAGCUCGUCGACGACUACAUCGCGCGCACGUUUAACCUCGCCGCGCCCAACGUGUCCAUCAACGGCCUACCCGUUCCCGAAUCGCUGCUGCCAAAGGAGAAGAACGGUAAAGGCAAAGAAAAAGGCAAGAAAGGUAGCAACGGCAAAAAGAACAAAAAGAAAGGUUCCGCCGCCGCCGCCGCCGCCGCCAAACAAGAACAAGAAGACGAAAACGUCGUCUACGAGCCCUUCGACGCCCGCCUGCGCGACCGCAUCCCGGACCUGCUGCGCGAGGAGGAGGAGCUGCUCCGCGAGAUCGCCGCGCUCAAGAGACGCGUGCCGGCGCAGGCGGCCGCGCGGGUCGGCGACGCCCUCAAGGCCGGUGUCGCCGCCGACGAGGCGGCCCUGGCCGCGGCAAGGGAGCGCGUCGCCGACGUCGACAGGGACCUCAGGCAAAAAGGCCGCAAGCGGAUGCUGGAUAACCUAGAGGGCGGCGUCGACGACGCUUCGCCUGCCGCCGCCCCCGCGAUCGGCGUGCUGCAGAGGAACCACGAGGUCGCAGACUCAUUCGGCACGGCUGUCGAGGGGCUCGGUCGGCUCAAGAGGGAUAUGCCGGCCACUGUGGCGCGGAUGGAGCGUGCGCGGGCGGCUGGGAGUUAUGUCAUUGCUGGGAGGUGA